AUGGGGAAAAGGAAAGCCUGCACUUGUCCCCUCCACUGGUACCGCACCCUCCCUACCACUGCCCUCUUCCCCUGGACCUACUCUCUUCCACAGGAUCUCUUCAGCCUGGCAUUAACCUCAUCACACUGCUCUCCUCCGGAGCACUGCCCCUUCCGCUUGACCCUGGUAGAGAAUGCAGAUCCCCAGCAGGCUGUUCCCCAUGGUGGAGCGGCCUCCCGGCACCUAGACAUCUCUUCCCACCGGCCUCAGCCCUUCACCUUCCCUCCCCACCUCCACCCUGGUGCACCCCACAGGCCGGGUUACUCCAGGUGCGACUCCCAAGAGGACCAGCAGAUGUAUGGCCGGUAUACUCAGGACCUUGGGGCCUUUGCCAAAGAGGAAGCUGCUCGGAUUCGCCUGGGAGGGCCCGAGACCUGGAGGGGUCCACCUUCCCCUCGGGCUCCCCCAGAGCUCCUGGAAUAUGGACAGAGCCGUUGCGCCCGAUGCCGCAUCUGUUCCGUACGCUGCCAUAAGUUCCUAGUGUCCAGGGUUGGUGAAGACUGGAUCUUCCUGGUCCUGCUGGGGCUCCUCAUGGCUCUGGUCAGCUGGGCCAUGGACUAUGCCAUCGCUGCCUGUCUGCAGGCUCAACAGUGGAUGUCCCGAGGCUUGAACACUAGCCUCUUGCUCCAGUACCUGGCCUGGGUCACCUACCCCAUCGUUCUCAUCACUUUCUCAGCUGGAUUCACACAGAUCCUGGCUCCUCAGGCUGUCGGGUCUGGCAUCCCUGAGAUGAAGACCAUCUUGCGAGGAGUGGUGCUGAAGGAAUACCUCACCCUGAAGACCUUUGUAGCUAAGGUCAUUGGGCUGACCUGUGCCCUGGGCAGCGGGAUGCCCCUUGGCAAAGAGGGCCCUUUUGUGCAUAUCGCCAGCAUGUGUGCUGCCCUGCUCAGCAAGUUCCUCUCCCUCUUUGGGGGCAUCUAUGAGAAUGAAUCCCGGAACACAGAGAUGCUGGCUGCUGCCUGUGCCGUGGGAGUAGGCUGCUGCUUUGCAGCACCUAUUGGAGGCGUCCUAUUCAGCAUUGAGGUCACCUCCACCUUCUUCGCUGUGCGGAACUACUGGCGAGGCUUCUUUGCUGCCACCUUCAGUGCCUUCAUCUUCCGGGUCCUGGCGGUCUGGAACCGUGAUGAAGAGACAAUUACGGCUCUCUUCAAAACCCGAUUCCGGCUUGACUUCCCCUUUGACCUCCAGGAGCUGCCGGCCUUUGCUGUCAUUGGUAUUGCUAGUGGCUUUGGGGGAGCGCUCUUUGUCUACCUGAACCGGAAGAUUGUCCAGGUGAUGCGGAAGCAGAAAACCAUCAACCGCUUCCUCAUGAAGAAGCGCCUGCUCUUCCCAGCUCUGGUGACCCUGCUCAUCUCCACUCUGACCUUCCCCCCUGGGUUUGGACAGUUCAUGGCCGGACAGCUCUCACAGAAAGAGACUCUGGUCACCCUGUUUGACAACCGGACGUGGGUCCGCCAGGGCCUGGUAGAGGAGCUAGAGCCACCGGGAACCUCACAGGCCUGGAGCCCACCACGUGCCAACGUCUUCCUCACCCUGGUCAUCUUCAUUCUCAUGAAGUUCUGGAUGUCUGCACUGGCCACCACCAUCCCAGUGCCCUGUGGGGCCUUCAUGCCAGUCUUUGUCAUUGGAGCAGCAUUUGGGCGUCUGGUGGGCGAAAGCAUGGCUGCCUGGUUUCCAGAUGGGAUUCACACUGACGGCAGCACCUACCGGAUUGUGCCUGGUGGCUAUGCAGUGGUGGGGGCAGCUGCACUGGCAGGAGCAGUGACACACACAGUGUCCACGGCUGUGAUCGUGUUCGAGCUCACAGGCCAGAUUGCCCACAUCCUACCCGUCAUGAUUGCCGUCAUCCUGGCCAACGCCGUUGCCCAGAGCCUACAGCCCUCACUUUAUGACAGCAUCAUCCGGAUCAAGAAACUGCCCUAUUUGCCUGAACUGGGCUGGGGCCGCCACCAGCAGUACCGGAUGCGAGUGGAGGACAUCAUGGUGCGGGAUGUUCCCCACGUGGCCCUCAGCUGCACCUUCCGGGACCUUCGAUUAGCACUGCACAGGACCAAGGGCCGCAUGUUGGCCCUAGUGGAAUCCCCUGAGUCCAUGAUCCUCCUGGGCUCCAUUGAGCGCUCACAGGUGGUGGCAUUGCUGGGGGCGCAGCUGAGCCCAGCCCGCCGACGGCAGUACAUGCAGGAGCAUCGAAAUGCCCAGACCUCUCCACCGUCCGAUCAGGAGAGUCCCCCUAGCCCUGAGACCUCCGUCCGCUUCCAGGUGAACACAGAGGACUCAGGUUUCCCUGCAGCCCGGGGGGAGACUCACAAGCCCCUGAAGCCUGCUCUCAAGAGGGGGCCCAGCAACACCAUGAACCUCGGGGAGAGUCCCACAGGGAACAUGGAGCAGGCAGGCAUCGCCCUCAGGAGCCUCUUCUGUGGCAGUCCACCCCCCGAGGCUGCUUCAGAGUUGGAGAAGUCCGAAUCAUGUGACAAGCGCAAGCUGAAGCGGGUCCGAAUCUCCCUGGCGAGUGACUCAGACUUGGAAGGCGAGAUGACCCCUGAGGAGAUUCUGGAGUGGGAGGAACAGCAACUAGAUGAACCUGUCAACUUCAGCGACUGCAAAAUUGACCCUGCCCCCUUCCAGCUGGUGGAGCGGACCUCUUUGCACAAGACUCACACCAUCUUCUCACUACUGGGAGUGGACCAUGCUUAUGUCACCAGUAUUGGCCGACUCAUUGGGAUCGUCACCCUAAAGGAGCUCCGGAAGGCUAUCGAGGGCUCUGUCACAGCACAGGGCGUCAAAGUCCGGCCGCCCCUGGCCAGCUUCCGUGACAGUGCCACCAGCAGCAGUGACACAGAGACCACAGAGGUGCAUGCACUCUGGGGGCCCCGCUCCCAUCAUGGCCUCCCCCGGGAGGGGAGCCCUUCUGACAGCGAUGACAAGUGCCAAUGA